CCUACCUUCCCUAAUCGGUCUAUUAUACAUGAAGCCCGGUAGAAAACGAAUCAUUUAGACCAAACCAACCCAACUUCCUGGUUCGGCGAGUGAGAAUUGACAAGUAGAAACAAAAUCCCUCUCGCACUAGUUUCUGAAAAACCCCUCUAAACCUCUCAGUAGCUCCUGCUUCCUUUGUUUCCUGUGUUCAGAUUUAAUUAAAACAACCAUGGAUGAUAAUCUAUAUGAUGAGUUUGGAAACUACAUUGGUCCGGAAAUCGAGUCUGACCAAGAUAGUGACCGUGAGGAAGAAGAAGAAGAAGAUCUUCCAGAGAAGCCUCACGAAGAUCAUGAUAUGGUGUCUGAUGGUGAUGAGGAAAUUAAUGGUUCGAAUGGAUGGCUUACCACUUCUAAUAAUGAUGUUGAUAUGGAUAAUCAGAUUGUUCUUGCUGAAGACAAGAAAUAUUAUCCGACUGCUGAAGAGGUUUACGGUGAAGAUGUUGAAACUUUAGUUAUGGAUGAAGACGAGCAACCUCUUGAACAACCUAUUAUUAAGCCUGUGAGAAACAUCAAGUUUGAGGUUGGUGUUAAGGAUUCGUCGACUUAUGUGUCUAGUCAGUUCCUUGUUGGUCUCAUGUCGAAUCCUUCUUUGGUUCGUAAUGUUGCUCUUGUGGGUCAUUUACAACAUGGGAAGACCUUAUUUAUGGAUAUGUUGGUUGAGCAAACACAUCAUAUGCCUACAUUUGAUAUGAACAGUGAGAAGCAUAUGAGGUAUACAGAUACAAGGAUUGAUGAGCAAGAAAGAAGGAUAUCUAUUAAGGCAGUUCCAAUGUCGCUUGUUCUUGAAGAUAGUAAUUCAAAAUCAUACCUUUGUAACAUCAUGGAUACUCCUGGUCAUGUUAACUUCUCUGAUGAAAUGACUGCUGCUCUUAGGAUUGCUGAUGGUGCUGUGUUGAUUGUGGAUGCGGCAGAAGGAGUUAUGGUAAAUACAGAGAGGGCCAUACGCCAUGCAAUCCAGGAGCGCUUGCCUAUCGUAUUAGUGAUCAAUAAGGUUGACAGGUUAAUAACAGAGCUUAAACUGCCCCCAAAGGAUGCUUACCAUAAGCUUAGGCAUACGCUUGAAGUUAUUAAUAACCACAUAACUGCUGGCUCUUCAACUGCUGGAAGUGUCCAAGUUAUAGAUCCGGCUGCUGGGAAUGUUUGUUUUGCAAGUGCUAAUGCAGGAUGGUCCUUCACUUUGCAAUCAUUUGCUAAACUAUAUCUCAAACUCCAUGGCAUCCCAUUUGAUGCUGACAAAUUUGCAUCUCGUCUUUGGGGAGAUUGGUAUUAUCAUCCAGAUACCAGGGCUUUCAAGAAAAAAUCCCCUGCAAGUGGAGGUGAAAGAUCCUUUGUCCAUUUUGUGCUGGAGCCCCUCUACAAGAUAUAUAGUCAAGUGAUUGGAGAACACAAGAAGAGUGUGGAGGCUACUCUUGCUGAGCUUGGUGUCACUCUCCCCAAUGCAGCUUAUAAAUUAAAUGUUAGGCCUUUGCUAAGGCUGGCAUGCAGCAGAGUUUUUGGCUCAGCCUCAGGCUUUACUGAUAUGCUGGUUCAGCAUAUACCUUCUGCUAAGAAUGCUGCAGCUAAAAAGGUUGAUCAUGUAUACACAGGGCCAAAAGAUUCAACAAUUUACAAGGCCAUGGUAGAUUGUAAUCCUUCUGGCCCAUUAAUGGUUAAUGUGACCAAACUGUAUCCCAAGUCCGAUUGCAGUUCCUUUGAUGCUUUCGGUAGGGUUUAUAGUGGUCAAAUUUUGACAGGACAGUCUGUAAAAGUGUUGGGAGAAGGCUAUUCACCAGAUGAUGAGGAGGACAUGACUGUAAAAGAAGUGACAAAAUUAUGGGUAUAUCAAGCUCGGUACAGGUUACCAAUAAGUAUGGCACCUCCUGGCUCUUGGGUUCUCAUUGAAGGCGUGGAUGCUUCAAUUAUGAAAACGGCAACACUCUGUAAUGUGAAUUAUACCUAUGAAGAUGUUUACAUAUUCCGGCCUCUUCAAUUCAAUACUCUUCCAGUUGUGAAAACUGCUACGGAGCCACUCAAUCCAAGUGAAUUGCCAAAAAUGGUGGAGGGUCUAAGGAAGAUCAGUAAAAGCUAUCCUCUAGCCAUCACAAAAGUUGAAGAGUCUGGAGAGCACACAAUUCUUGGUACUGGAGAGUUAUAUUUGGAUUCUAUAAUGAAGGACCUUAGAGAGCUCUACUCUGAAGUAGAAGUCAAGGUGGCAGAUCCUGUUGUCUCUUUUUGUGAAACAGUGGUUGAGUCUUCAUCAAUGAAAUGUUUUGCUGAAACACCCAAUAAGAAGAAUAAAAUAACCAUGAUUGCAGAGCCAUUGGAGAAAGGGCUUGCUGAAGACAUUGAGAAUGGGGUUGUAAGCAUCGAUUGGAACCGUAAAGCACUUGGUGAUUUCUUCAAGACAAAAUAUGACUGGGAUUUGCUUGCAGCACGAUCCAUAUGGGCAUUCGGCCCUGACAAGCAGGGGCCUAACAUUUUAUUGGACGACACACUACCUAGUGAAGUUGACAAAACAUUGCUGAGUGCUGUCAAGGAUUCUAUUGUUCAAGGUUUUCAGUGGGGUGCACGAGAAGGACCGCUAUGUGACGAACCAAUCAGAAAUGUUAAGUUCAAAAUAGUUGAUGCUAGGAUUGCACAGUUACCACUGGAUAGAGGAUCUGGUCAGAUUAUUCCCACUUCCCGACGAGUCGCCUAUUCAGCCUUUCUGAUGGCAACCCCUCGACUCAUGGAACCAGUAUACUACGUGGAGAUACAAACACCAAUCGACUGUCUCUCUGCAAUAUAUACAGUGUUAUCUCGUAGACGUGGACAUGUUACAGCAGAUGUUCCGCAGCCUGGGACUCCAGCUUACAUUGUGAAGGCAUUUCUACCUGUAAUAGAGUCAUUUGGUUUUGAGACGGACUUGAGGUACCAUACCCAAGGGCAAGCAUUUUGCCUUUCAGUCUUUGAUCAUUGGGCCAUAGUACCUGGAGAUCCCCUUGACAAGAGCAUAGCUCUGCGGCCACUCGAACCCGCACCAAUUCAGCACCUUGCUCGCGAAUUUAUGGUAAAGACAAGGCGUCGCAAGGGAAUGAGUGAAGACGUUAGCAUAAACAAGUUCUUCGAUGAGGCUAUGGUGGUGGAGCUUGCUCAUCAAGCAGCUGAUAUUCAUCAACAGAUGAUAUGAUGUUUCCUAUAUGUGUGCAUGCUUGGCGGAGAAAUGCAGCUGAAGGAUGUUGCAACAGUGAUUUUAUUCUUAGCACUUCCUGUCCAAACCUUGAUUUGAGAUGAUGACACAGUUAGAUAUCAAAUGUUGAGCUGCUAAUUGUAGAAGAAUACUAACGCACCCUCAACCUCACUUUUAAUGUUCCUGAUCCGAUGGGCUUUGCCAUACGCACUAUUAGCCAAAAAGCGCUGAAAGAACCAUAAGUUUUGCAUUUUAUGUAGUUCUGUAUUAUUCAUUCUUCGAAAGUAUGCAAUUUGUAGGAAAUCUGUCCUACUUCUGUAA